AUGCGAUUUAUUUAUUGGAGAAGUUCAUCUGAAUGGUCAUUGUUCAAUAUUAUGUUCGAUAUAAUAAUCAAAUUGAAAACAUUAGAUUUCAUUAAAUGGUUUCUAUUAACUACAAUGUCAAUGACAUUAACUACUUAUUUGAAUGUAUGUUUCUUUACAACAAUCACUAAUAAUGUUGAACAAGGUUUGAAAUAUCUUCUAUUAUUGAUUAUAUUUGAAACUAUUACGUCGUAUUGUUCAAUGAAACAACGUUUAGCUAAACGAAUAUUUGUUCUUGAUUUUCUAGAAGAGUUUCGAUCGAAAUUAUAUCAACGAAUACUUAGUAGUGAUUGGAUGAAAAUUAAAUUAUCUGAUCAAGAAAAUAUUCGACAAAAAUUGGAACGAGCUUGUUCUUCUGUUCAAUUUCUUUUUGAAGAUAUUCUUGAUCAAUUAAAAGAAAUGAAUAGAUUUCUUUUAACAAUGAUGACUGUAUUCUAUAUAUGUCCAAUGGCAUGUCUAUUAAUUGGAAUGAUUUAUUUCUCUUCAUAUUAUUUAUAUUUAAAUAAACAAAGUGAAAAUUUACUACAUAUAAAAACAAAAUUAAUUGAAAAACGUAAUAAAUUAUAUUCAAAAUAUUUUCGUGUAAAUGAAAACAUGUUUGAAUAUGUUAUUCAUCAUGAUAAAAAUAAAAUUAUUCAAAUAACAAAUCAACUAAAAAAUGAUAUGGAAAGACAAAUGUUUACAUACAAUCAUCUUUAUGAUUAUUUAUCAUUAAAAGAAGAUAUUAUUGGUAAAUUGUCAACUUUUUUAAUUUUAACUAUUUUUUAUGCAUUAUAUCGAACUAAUAUAUAUCUUAUUCCAUUGUAUAAUUCUCUAUCAAAAUUGACUAAUAUUGUUCAGAAAUUAAUUAUGGCAUAUAUUCGAUGGAUUAAAUUUAAAAAAGAUUUUGAUCUUAUUAAACCAAUAUUAGAAGAAUAUCAAGAAAGAAUUAAUGUUGAACAAAUUGAUUUAAUUUAUCAAUUUCAAAUUGAAAAUCUUUCAUUUGAAUAUAAAGAUAAAAGAGGAGAUUUUCAUUUACAUCAUAAUCAUUGUCUUACUUUUAAAAAGGGACAAACAAUAUUAAUUAAAGGAAAGAGUGGAGCAGGAAAAUCUACAUUCUAUGAUAUUCUAAAUGGUUCUAUUUCAAUCAAUAAUUAUUCUGGUCAAAUUCACAUAGAUAAUGAAGAGAAAUCAUCACAAACACUUCAUUCAAUUGAAAAAUGUCGAACAAUGGUUUUACAAGAUGCAAAAAUGGAUUAUCGAUCAACUAUUUACAGUAUGAUAACAGAUAUUGAUGAAGAUGAUAUUAAUCAAGAAAAAAAUCCUGAAAUAGAUUCAUUGAUAUGGGAAAUAAUUCAUCUUGUUCAAAUAGAAGAUUUUAUUAAAAAUGAUCUCAAAGGUGAUCUUUAUCAACCUAUGGAAAAUAAACUUAGUGGAGGACAAAAAACACGAUUAUUAUUAGCACGAGCUCUUUAUCGUGCAUAUCAUCGAAAUUCUUCUAUAUUAAUACUUGAUGAACCAGAUAAAGGUUUACCUGCUGAGACAACACUUAAUAUUAUUCAGAAUAUUAUUAAAUGGUAUCAAUCCAAAGGAAUUCUUUUUCUUACUUUACAUACAGAACAAGCACAUCUACUAGACUUUGAUCAAAUUUUACAUAUUGAACAAGGAAAAAUUAUAAAAAUUAAAUAA